AUGGGUGAAACUGGCUACCUCCACCAGCUUAGAAACUUUGGACUCCAGGCAAGCUUCAUCACACCGUGCGGGAAAGGUGGCGCAGUGCUGGAUGCCUUCAGGUCAUCUUCCGCUGCACUGGAGGCCUUGGUCCGAGCAGCCGUUGCUGUCAGGGACGGUGACAAAGAUGGGAAGCUGAAUCUUCAGGAGUUUGAAGUCCAGGCUGGCAAGCAAACCGACGCUGCUCCUUUGCAGUUUUCCAAGCUAGAUGCUGACAAUGACAGUGCCCUUGCAGUUCGAGAGUUGCUCGCGGAGCAGUUGUUUCUUGACGGCUGGGUGGACUCCUUGCGACGAGGUUUUGAACUCGCCGACGCCGACAAGGAUGGUCGCUUAAGUGGCCUGGAGCUGGAGAGGGAGCAAGCGCUACCACUUCUCCACAUGAUGGAAGAGUACCCGACAUCUUCACGCGGAAGGAUAUCUGAUGUCCGCGAGGCCAGGCGAAACUGUGCCGGUGUGAGAUCAGCGUGGUCACCCACUGCCCAGUUGGCGAGUGAACUGAGCAGUUGUGGUUACAUCCACGUGCAGCCAGGCUGGUUCGACCAGGGCUAUGCCGCCGGCACAGUGACGGCUCGCAAGAGAUGA